AUGCUCCCUGUCCGAGAAUGGUCGAUUCUGUUGCAGCAGUGGACGGCUUUUUUCGACUCGACGGAAUCCCGCGUCAAUUUCUUCACCUACGACUAUCAGAUUACGCUCGACAACACUUUCUCGUUUCGAGCCCUAUUAGACAAAGGGCAUGACUUGCUGGCUGCUCUCAAUCAACACCAGCAGAAUCUUUCGGGCCCCGAAGUAUCGAAAAUCGGUGCGAUUCGAGAGCAGCAGUUUGCGCUCGCAGGCACACACGCGGAACUCCCCAGGCUCCAGCAGCUCGAUGGAAAGCCUCACUACAAGGUGCAGGAAUGGCUGCGGAUUGUACUGAGUAACAAUUAUAGGCAAGCAGUUGAACGCAGACUGAACCCGGCUGGCUCUUCAACCACAAAAGAAUGGCAACUGAUUCCAAUUUUGGACGGAUUCCACGCUCCAAGGAGACUUGCAAAACUGCCAUGUUUUAUGAUGGACAUCCCGGUUCGAAAUAAUGCUUUUUUCGGCCGGGAGUCGAUCAUUGAAGAGCUAGAUAAAUAUCUACUUCCACCGGAGAAGUCGUCACCAUUCUCCCUAGGAGAUUCGCAUCGACGACAUGUGGUUCUCUGCGGCAUUGGCGGUAUCGGGAAGACGUCAAUAGCCAUUGAAUAUGUGUUUUCUCGGAAAACGAAGUUCGAUGCCAUAUUUUGGAUUCGCUCCGAUGAGGCGUUAAAACUUGAACAUGACUUUUGUCGGAUCGCUGUGGAGCUUGGUCUUCAAGAUGCAAAUGAGCCUUUCAAUCCUGUCGUAUGCCGAGAGCUCACAAAGGGCUGGCUUGAGAAUCCGAUAAAAGUUCUCGACCAGGAACAUGAUAUUAUCAGCCAAGCGGAGGUUCAGUGGCUGAUAGUUUUCGACAACGCGGACAGCCCGGAUCUGUUGCAGGAUUAUUGGCCAUUGUCAUCUAAUGGAUCAAUUCUGGUGACAAGCCGAGACCCACUCUCUAAGAACAGUCCUUCAAUUGCAUACAGAGCUAUUGACUUACCCCCCUUGGAGGACCACGAGGGCGCGGAACUUCUUCGACGGCUCUCGCAUGUGACCGACGAGGAGGAGGUCUCUGUCAAGAUUGCGGUCAAGCUGGGAGGUCUUCCAUUGGCGAUCUCCCAGAUGGCAGCAGUGAUUCGGUAUCAAUAUCUUUCAUUUACGGAGUUCUAUGAAAGGUACGAAGACGAGCAUGAUCGGCGUGAACUUCAUUCUUUCGACGCGGUCAUUCCUAGACCGGAGGCUAGAGGGAAUAUUGCGUCUAUUUGGGCAGUGGAACAGCUGGGAAACCACGCAGCCUGUCUUCUGGAGAUUUGUGCAAUGCUGGACCCUGACCGCAUACAGGAGCGGCUUUUUAGUAGCGAAUUGAGUGCCCUAGGGUGGCUGGAGCAUUUUCCAAAGACUUCCUUUGCCUACUCCGCCGCGCGUGCGGACCUGAUCAAAAGAUCUCUUAUCACGCGCGACGCUGACAAGAAGGAGUUCAGGAUCCACCGUGUGCUGCAAGACUCAGUCCUAUCCAAGAUGUCUACUGAAAAGAUGCUUCAAACAUUCUCCUUUUCGGUAGAUCUUGUACUAGCAGCGUGGGGUAGUACACCACUCGUGCAGAGGCAUGUCAUAAGCCUAGCCAGGAGUCGUGAUGGCCUCUUUCCUCAUGCUCUAGCGCUGAGACAUAUGUUCGAGAGACAGUAUAAGGCCAAAAACCACGGACCAGGCCUGCAGAUUGCGAAACUCAUGAAUGAGGCAGGUUGGUACCAACACGAGAGAGGGAAUUCGGAAGACAUGAAGCCCUUUCUUACAUUGGCAUUGGAUAUUUGCGAGCAGACCCCUGGUCCAGAGUCGGCCCAAUUGCUCGCUGAUAUUCACUACGGGUUGGCAGCAGCAGCGAAUGAGACCAAUGAUGGAGCGGCUUGCCUCAGUCAUACCGAGCAAUUACUCAAAUUGCGUCUUGAGACAAGUUCAUCCACCGGCAAAAAUGACAUCCGCCUUGCAAUUGCACACAACGAGUAUGGCAUAGCUUUGGUAAUGAACAACGAAUAUGAGAAGUCUAUUGCGGCGUUCAAGACUUCCAUUGACGUGUAUCGUGGACUACUUGACUACUGGCCGUCGAUGGACACAAACCCACGCACAAAUAUGAGCUUCACAUUCUGGGUUAUGGGAGACCUGGACCAAGCUUGGCAGACUCUGCGUGAUCUUCUCAAACUGGUAGAGUGUACCACGGGCUUGGCAACAUUUGCUACGACCGUGGCCAAUUUGAGGAGAGCGAGGAUUGGCACCAGAGAGCACUCUCACAGUAUCAAAGCACGCUUGGCAAUAGCCAUCACAAGACUGCAGAUCUCUGUUAUCGCGUUGCUCAGCAUUGUCUACGACGCGGUGAAAUGGAGCAUGCUAGAGUCAGUAUAUCUCCCUGAGCUUGCCCGCACAACGUUUCUCAAGGCACAGUUGGCCAUGAUUUCGGGAGAGGUGUCAGAGGCUACAGAUCUUUUCAAGAAAGCAAAAGACAUGAGAUGUCGAAUACCACAUGCCCCUCACAAGCCAGAUGCAAGUCUAAGGGAGUCUGAUUUUGAUCGACUUGUGACAUUCUUUUCUCGGUAA